CGUGCCUUGCCACUGCAGAUGGCGUGACUGCAGUUUAGAACACUCCCUCUUCCGAAAAUGAAAGUAGGUUAAGACCAGACAAAGGAGUCCGGAGUCCAAACAGAUCCACAUAUCUCCCACCGAGAGGAGCGUGUUAAGGUGAAGAAACAUGGCCUCCUGUGGUACCAUCACCUUCAUCUUCGGCUUCUUCAUCUUCAUCACUGCAGUUAACACUUCUUUCAUGAAUGUGACAUGCAGCACUGAAAGUGUGGGAGAGCAUGGCCACGAGUCACUGCUGAACUGUGUUGUCGAAACCACAGCAGAUGAUCAAAUCCGAGUGGUUAUUUGGAAGAAGGGUGAAGAGAUUUUGCUUCGUUAUUUUGAUGAGGAUGACGAGGAUCUUCAUCUGAAGCCAGGCUAUAGAUUUGCUGACCCCUCCUGGAUGAACACGAGGAACGUAUCCAUGCUCAUAACCAACACUGUCGUCACAAGCGAAGGCGAAUAUUCUUGCAAAGUGAACACAGAUAGAGGGGACGCCGGAAGCACAGUCAACUUCAAAGUCAAAGCCAAAUACAGUGCACCUAGAAUCAACUCCAUCCCUGAGAACAUUCCCCCAAAUACAAACGGUACCCUGAUCUGUAACUCUGAAGGUGGCUACCCACGGGGUGAGAUUCGAUGGUUUGAUGAAAACCAUCAGGACUGGACAAAUAGUUCGGAGAUGGAGGUGAUACAGACCGACAGUGGUUUGUAUCAGCUCUCAAGCAAUCUGACUUUGCUGAGUCCAUCCACUUUCUCCAAGUAUACCUGUGUCGUGUUCAAUUCCAGCGAAGGCAAGGAGGUGGAAGCCACAUAUGAAAUAACAUCUAUACCUGAAGGUCAGGGCAGCCAAGGAGGUGAAGAAGGAGGGGAGGAGGUCUCCAAAAUAGUGGCCCCUAUAGUGGUCAUUGGAUCACUGCUGGUGGUAUUGGUAUUGGUAUUGAUGGUGCUGCUGUAUAAAAGACGAUCUCACCAGGCACGAAGGCCCUCUGCUGCACCCCUUAUGGGUCCUUACACGCAUGGAGGUGAAUGUCACCAUGAGGAAUGUAGGCAAGAAGCUGAAGAGGUGAUGGACACCAACAGCCUCAGCCUGAGACUCUCUCCACAGGAGACAUGGCAUUCUACAGGAAUAAAGGACGGUACUUCCAAAACCUUCCACAGCCCUGCUCUCACUCUCUACUGAGGCUCGGACAAUAUUCUCAAUUUUGGGUGUGGGAAAGUGCGUUUGGUCACUAUGCCACCG